AAUGAAAACAUAAACCAGAAGAAGAAUUAGAACAGUAACCAAGCUGCAAUUAGGGUCUUAGUUUGGAAUUUGGAUUAGGGUUUCUUCAGAUUUCUGCAAAAAUGUCUUCAACUUUCAGCGGAGAUGAAACCGCUCCCUUCUUCGGCUUCCUUGGAGCUGCUGCGGCUCUCGUCUUCUCCUGUAUGGGUGCUGCUUAUGGUACUGCGAAGAGUGGCGUUGGUGUUGCGUCCAUGGGUGUGAUGCGGCCUGAGCUUGUCAUGAAAUCGAUCGUUCCAGUUGUUAUGGCUGGAGUUUUGGGUAUUUACGGUUUGAUUAUUGCUGUUAUUAUUAGUACUGGAAUAAACCCCAAGGCCAAGUCGUACUAUCUGUUUGAUGGGUAUGCUCACUUGUCGUCCGGUCUGGCUUGUGGUCUUGCUGGGCUCUCUGCUGGAAUGGCGAUCGGGAUCGUUGGUGACGCUGGAGUUCGGGCCAAUGCACAGCAGCCAAAGCUUUUUGUUGGUAUGAUCCUCAUCCUCAUUUUUGCAGAAGCACUCGCCCUUUAUGGUCUUAUCGUAGGUAUCAUUCUCUCCUCCCGAGCAGGCCAAUCUCGGGCAGACUAAAGUUCCCGAAAGUCAGUGGCCAAGUUGAUGCCCUUUUUGUUAUAGUUUAAAGAAGGGGAAGGACUCCAACUGACGAUAGGUCAUCGUUGAUUUUUUAUUCUAUUUGUGAUCAAAUCAUAUUGAAGACUUGUAUAUGAGGAGUGUAGUUGAACAUAAUUUAUUUAGGCUUUGGCUUCAUAAUGUUAAA